AUGCUUGCUCAGGGUGUCGCUCCGCGUGUGGCCCAAGCCCCCGCUGUCCGAGUACCAACGCUGGAGCCAUCAACGUCGUCGUCGUCGUUGUUGUUUACUGGAACCCGCAUGUUUCGGAGUAAUCCAAAUGAACGGCAAAUGCAGGCGAGCACACUGAGCGAUCACUAUCGGCCAGCACAGGUGGGCACGGACCAGCAAUAUCGUCCCCAGACAGCUCAGCUACGAGAAUUGGAAAGCCCCACAAACACUGUAAAAAUUGAAGAGCUCUUGCGCAGUGUCCGUGCGACUAGUACCGCCGCGGUUGCCGCAAUGGGAGAGUUGACGGACGAUUCGCCUCCACCCCGCCAGAUAACGCCUUCGCAGCAACGAACGCCAUGUGAAGGCUGCCAACGGCGAAGUGCUUCGCCGGAUCGAGUGCAUACGGCACGAUCGAGCCCGAUGAAGAGAACACCGCGGGGCGAAUCGCCGGCACGCCCUGCUUGGAAUCAAAACCGUCCAACGCCCCGCGUGAAACCCACCGUAAGUGCUCCGCGAACGGAGCCUCGGCGAGUGACGCGCGAUGCAAGUGUUGAAAAUCGCAGCCGGCCGUGGAUGGAGGGUAUGAAACUUAAGAACAGCUCAAGGUGUAAACUGACGGCGGAAAGGGACAAGAAUCACCAGAAGUUUACUCCAGUGAUCCAGUCUCAGCCCUCCCAUCAAGUGCCGACAUUUGCGAGAAGGGCGUCCUCUGUUGGGGUGGGGAUGUCAUCACGGACGGUGUCGGGCGGGACGGGAGGUUUGAAAACGGGGAAUGAUGAAGUGGCCUUUCAGCCCCGCCUGGAGUUUUUGGAGGGAUCACUACGAGAUGUGCAACAAAGGGCUGUGCGAGCCGAAGCACGUUGUGAAGAGCUGGAGGCUGCCUUGCAGGCGCUGGCAUUGGAGCACCGUGAGUCAAUCUCGAGGCUGGAGGAACGCAAUGUACAGUUGAAUGCCCGGGUACAGCACGUGCUGCAGUGGAUCGAACACGUCGAUGCGACAAGGGUUGCAAGGGAGGUUUUCGCACAGGAGGUUGGGAUGGAAAGGACAAAUGAAAGUGGAGAUGUUGAGGUCCCUUCCCAGAGUCUUUCCAUCAACAAUGAUGUUGGUGACUCACCAGGAAUUGAAAAGGCGGUCAAGGCCACACCGGUGCGGGUACCCCCUGCUCCACCCAUGACGCUUCAAAUUCAACAUCGAUAG